AUGUCUUUUCCAUUGGGCGAGAAAACCCGGGCGGCUAGAUCUCGAGGAUCCGAGGAAGAGUUUGUCCUGUUUCUACAGGGGAUUCCAGCUCGCUGUCGCUGGCAAGAGCUCAAGGACCUAGUCCGUCAAACUGCGCUGCACAUUCGACAAGCAGUGGUCUACGAUGAUCAUCGUGGAUUUCCCACUGGGCUGGGACAGAUUAUUGUGAAGAAUGAGGAUGAGGCCUGGCGGACAUAUCACAGACUGUCUACCACCGGUUGGGAAGGGCAAAGCCUGGUUGUCACUCUUGCGCGGACGAGCUCGCCAACUCAGCCCAUUGCGGGACCUACCAAGAGCCCACCCUGUAUCACACAACCGAACUACAUAGCAGGGUAUUCAACACCAUCAAGGAUGUCCCGAAAUGCCGCUAUGCCACCAUCACCGAUAGCUACAGAGUCUGUUAUACCGCCGAGUCCGACAUAUCAGAGCCCAGAUUAUGGCACUAUGCUCAACCCGAUAUUUCUCUCUCACCAACCCUUCAUGCCGAUGUUUCCAGAAUCAUGCCCACUAGUACCAGCCGUACCGAAUUCACCUACCCUUCAACCCUCACUCUGCGACCCGAUGGGGUACGGAUUUAUCCCUACAUUUGCUAUGUCCCACCAAAUGCAGCAACCCGCCGUAGCAAACAACACCGGGCCCAAUAACUUUAGCACCACCGCGCGCAAAGCCUUUUACAAUUACAAUAACCGUCAUCCACAAACAUAUCCGCGACAGAAUUUACGCCGUGGCAUCGUGAUCCAGAACCUCAACCCAGCAACCACGGACCAGGACCUGUACAACCUACUGCAAGAAACCGUCACCGUGGAACACUGCGAGAUACUACCAAUGUACACGAGCUUCAAUGCCAACCCCACCCGGAACAGAGCCACCGCGCGUGUUACACUUCGCUCCUCAGAAGAGGCCAAACGCGCUGUAACCCUGUACAACAACAGCUCUUUCAUGCGCUUCAGAAUUCGCGUCAAGAUCGACAAGAACAUUCCGCCCACAUUACCAUAUAAUCUUGCCUCUGAUAUAUAUACCCCUCGUCAUAGUGAUUUAUCUACUUCUGCCUACAGAGAAACUCAGUUUCAAUUCACCCCGCCAACAACCGAGAGUUCGGGCUCAGACACAGACGAGCUAUCCCAAAACCAGGAGGCUGUGCAGGACAAUGCCACAGAGUCUAGCCCUAAAUCAAAGCCAAAACAACUUGACAGCUUCCGGCCACUGGUCGUGAAUGGGUCUGGAAUCGGAGGAAGCACUACUAUCGUGACUUAA